AUGAAAUUAUUUAUUUUUUAUUAUUUAGUAUUUUAUUUAAUAUUAAUUGUAAAAUCACAAAAUGUAGAUCCAACAAUAAUUUUAUAUAAUAAUUUACUAUUACAAAAUAAUUAUACUAAAUAUUAUUAUAUUUGGCAAAAUAAUAGAAAUAAAUCUGAAAAUCAACUUAUAUCAUCACUAGACAUAAAUAGAUUAAUUAAAGAUAGAAAGAUAUGUCUUAUUAAUAAUAUGUAUUGUUUAGUAUCAAAUACCUUAUCUGUUGAGUGGGAAACUAUACAAAUAUUAUUUCAAGAAUCAUGUAUUCCAAUAAUGACUUCAAGUCAAGUUGAAAAAACAAAACAAUAUAUUAAGAAUGACUUACUUGAAAAAGCUAUUGUAUUUAGAGAAAAUUUUUCUAAAAAUGCUAACUGUUCCACUAUUGCUGAUGAGGAAUUAAAAAAAAAUUUUAAUAUAUCAGAAAUAAUAUAUAAUGGUAAAAAAAUUAUAGAUGAAAAAUAUUUGUUAAAAGAUUUUUAUAAUAUAAAUCAACAUAAUUCAUUAACAUCAACAGUACCAUUGUAUGCUGAGGAUAGGCAACUUUUUUCUAAAUCUAAACUUAUUGGAAAAUUAAAAUUUAAUUUAUUUACUGUUAUAAUUUUAACAUUUAGAAGAAUUUCACAUCUAAAAACAAUGAUUAAAAAUUUAGGUAAAAAUUCUAAAAUUGAUAAAAUCAUUGUCAUAUGGAAUGAUCAAAAUCCUAAAAAUAUUCCAAAAAAGUCAACCUGGCCACAAAGUAAUAAACCAUUAUAUUUUGUUAAAACAAAAAAAAAUUCAUUAAAUAAUAGAUUUUUAGCAUUAGACAUAAUUACAACACAUGGAGUUUUGUCUAUUGAUGAUGAUCAAGCAGUAAAUAACAUUUUAAUUAAUAAAGCUUUCAAAUUUUGGCAGGCAAAUAGUGAUGUUUUAGUUGGCCAUUAUACAAGAAGAACAUUUGAUAAAAAUAAAACUGGAUAUUUUACUAAAAAAGUUAAAUCAUUUGAUUUAAUUUUAACAGGAUUAGCAUUUAUUAAUCGAAAAUAUUUAAUAAAAUAUACAAAUGAAAUUAAUAAUGAAAUUAAAAAUUAUGUAGAUAGGCAUAUGAAUUGUGAAGAUAUAGUUAUGAAUUUUUUAGUUGCUGAAACAAGUAAAAAACCAAAUCUAUUUUAUGAUAUGAUAGACAACCUUAGAUUAUCUCCAUUAAGUUCCAAAGGAUUAUCAAAUAAGAAGAAUCAUUAUAAAGAAAGAGAUGGAUGUGUAAAACAUUUAAUUAAAGUAUAUGGUAAAAAUCCAAUGAAAAAAGGAAAUAUUCAUUUGUGUUUAAAUAACAAAAAAUGUUAA